AUGGGUAUUAAGGGAAUCUACAAAGAGAUUGGUGCCGGGAGGCGGAUAGCCCUCCACCGGCUGGCUGUUGAGAGCCUCGAGACUCGAGGCCGGCCAUUACGGCUGGCAAUUGACAUUUCGAUAUGGCAGUUCCAGAUCCAGGCAGCUCGGGGCGGUGCAAACCCAGCGAUCCGCACUCUGUUCUACCGUCUCGUCCGGCUGCUCGGCAUACCCAUCCAGCCCAUCUUCGUGUUCGAUGGCCCGAACAAGCCGGCGUUCAAGCGCAACAAGCGGUCGGCCAAGAGCGACGGCACGGCGACGGCCAUGGCCAAGCGCCUGAUCCGCCUUUUUGGCUUUAUGGCCCACGACGCGCCCGGCGAGGCCGAGGCCGAGUGCGCGCUCCUACAGCAGCGCGGCGUGGUCGAUGCCGUCCUCAGCGAGGACGUCGACACGAUCAUGUUUGGCUGCACGCGCACGCUGCGCAACUGGUCGUCGGCCACGGCCACCACAUCUCCGCCCACACACGUGUCCAUGUACGAGACCGACAGCCUGCAACAAGACAAAUCCGGCCUCGACCGCGAGGGCAUGGUGCUGGUCGCCCUGAUGAGCGGCGGCGACUACCUGCCCGAGGGCAUUCCCGGCUGCGGCGUCAAGCUGGCCUGCCAGGCGGCCAAAGCUGGGUUCGGGCGGUCGCUGUGUCGGCUGAAACGAUCAGACACAUCGGCGCUGGCUAGUUGGCGCGCAAACCUGGUGCGCGAGCUUCAGACCAACGAGAGCCGGUUCUUCCGAACGUGCCACCGCAAACUGCUCAUCCCGGAGCAGUUUCCUAGCCUCGAGAUUCUGCGCUACUACACACACCCCGUCGUUUCGCCGGUUGAGAUCGUCGAGCGGGUGCGGGCCGACCUCGAGGCAGUCGAGGCGGCUGAUCCUUUGGUCGUGAUGCGGGAGAGACGGGUCGACAUCCCGGGGCUGCGCGACUUUGUGGGCGAAACGUUUGACUGGACCGACCGAGCCGGCGCGAUCAAGUUCAUCCGCGUGUUGGCGCCCAGCCUCCUUUCCCGGAUACUGCUCUUGCGAUGGUCUACGGACGACGGGGCAGAGGACGGGUGGCCGUCUGUGGUAAAGGGCAUCUCCAAGCAACGGACGCACGCCAGCACGGACGACACACCCGAGUUGAGAGUAUCGUUCAUCCCUGCCACCGUGGUCAGUCUUGACCUGGAAGCCGAGAAUGACGCGCCUGCUGUCGCCUUUGGACGAGACGGGCUCGCUCUGAACAGCGAUAGCGAUUUCGCCGAGCCAUCACCCGAAGAAGCUCACACGACUGGUGCCAGGAAGGCAUCUGCCUACGAUCCGACGCAAGCGGACGUUGCCUGGGUAACGAGAGCCGUUGUCGAGAUUGGGGCGCCUCGAGCGGUGGAAGCAUGGGAGAAGGGACAGAAGCCGAAGGCUGGCACCAAACGGACCAAAGAAAAAGCAGCAAACAUCAAGAAAAAGACAGCGGCCGUGCCCAGCAUGCCGACCGGCUCUCUCGAUCGCUACGUGCAGGUGACAAAGAACGCAGGUAGAGACACGGCGGCAGUACAGGGCACUCUAGACGAUAGCGAAGCCGACUCGGAGUCCGUCCAGCCACAGACAGCAAGACGGCUAGAGGAGCGGACAAGACUACGGCGCCAGCCACCGGUCGCAAACCCGUGGUCGCUGGCCGGUUCACAGGCGCCUCGGAUCACGAAGUCAGCCGUCCGCGAGCCGCUGCGAGACUGCUCGAAGGUGAGCAGUGUGUCACCACCCAAACCCACCAGCUCUGUUGCAGCUGUCGUGGUGGACCUGCUAUCGAGCCCGGAAGAGCCGAGGCUGCAAUCGCUGGCCAAGACGAGGCGAAGCCGUGCAGCUGCGAGCCCAACAAGAAGUCCGAGAAAGACGGGAGUACGGAAGACAGAGGUAACGACAGAAAACAGCCAGGUGACAAGACCUCCGCGACAAAAGUCGAUCCGCGACUUUUUGUCGCAGCCGGUGACCGUGGCCUUAUCAUCAGACGAAGAAGAUGGGGUGGAAAAAGAGGCUGGAGGACGGGCAAGUGAGACAGGCGAGCGAUCAGUGCCACCUGCCAAGUUAAAGACGGUGUACGUCCCCCGUCGGAGCGCAGUAGGCUACUUUCGCGAGGAGACGGUGGAGGAGGAUGGGGCGGACGAGAAGACGACAGGGCAUGCAAGACGAGGCUGGCGGAAGAGCGAAGUCAGCAUAGUAGACCUCACGGGUUUAGACAGCGACUAG